AUGCCCUUUGCGCUGUGCCUCGACCAGUUGAAGCAGCUACGACGCAAAUCCGUGACGGCGUCCCACAAGUGCUACGGUAGCCCACUACACCCAACGACCAACGAAGUAUACCGUGUAAGAAACAUGACAGGGAUCCGUGCCCCUCUGUUACAUCUUCUCACCCUUGCGUGGCCACUCCGCGAAGCUGCGUACCUGUGGUCCAACGGGCUUGGCCGUGGAACCUUCGGCGGCAUCGUGGCUGACUGCUAUCGCAAAGAUCUGCCAAUCGAAAAGAGGCUCACCCAGAAAUCCUUUUCGCGUAUGAGAUGA